AAAGUAAUACUGUGCAGCGUGUCUGUCUAUGGGGCUUAUUAACUUGGACUAACAAUAUUUAUAGUUAUAUUUAGAGAUAAAACUAAUAUCGAGCUGUUAUCUUGCCCAGGUUGUUUGUCUUUACACUGAUCUGCUCAGGUCGGACUUGCAAAUUCGAUGAUACAAGGCGUGCCAGUGCCCUGUACAUGUGAUAGCGAGGGGAGGUGAUUUUGUUAGAGUUCGCUGGGGGACCGAUUGCAUUGCUUGAGAGUCUGACCUCCCCAGAGCGGUCUGCAGAUUAGAUUUGGAUUGCUGGAUAUUUCUUCUCGUUUUGAAAUUGUUUGCGACUGUUACCGAAAGCGAAGGGGAAGAGAAAGGACUCAGUGUUUUCAACUAUGGGAGCAUCGACAUCUGCGCGGCGGGACGGCAAGAGCCCGGGGGAUGCAUCCACGGCCCAGGAGCAGGAUGUGCUUUCGAAUGAGAGUCAGGGAGGGGAGAACGUUGGUUCAAAGCUCCUACAGAAGAAUGGAAAGAUCUCUGAUCUGAAUGGGAAAACAGAUGACCAAAUAGAGGGCUUCGAUGGCCGCUCUGGGGAGAAAGUCCUGGCAGAAGUUGGUCAGGCAGACUCUGUGUUGGUGUCUCAGAAGGAUGAUAUCCUAGAGGUCAUGGAGGUGCUCCAAGAUGAAGUCACUACUCUGACAGCAGAGAAGGAAUUGCCCAAAAUGUAUAGCCCGUCUCUAACAGACGAGAAAGCCACCAAUGAAGAGCCAAACGAUGCUAGGGAAGUUGGAUUCAAGAAAAUCUUCAGAUUUGUUGGGUUUAAAUUCACACUUAAAAAAGACAAGCCUGAAAAACCUGCCCCUGUGCAACCGACUGUCAACGAAGAGGAGGCAGAAGAAGCAAUUGGCCCUGAGAUCACUGAAAAAAUUCCAGAGGUGCUGGAUGGUAGAGAAGGAGCCUCUGAAUCUCCCACUGAAGUUGUUGUCUGUAAGGGAGUGGACAAGGAGACAACUGAACAGUCUGUAGAGCAGACAGAGAAUAUUGAGGAGAUAACCCCAGAGGCAGAGCCUCCCAUAAGCCCCGUUGUCCAGGAGAUCCAGUCACCAAUAAAAAGAUUCUUCACACAGGGCAUUUUCUCCAGUUUAAGAAAAAGAUCCAGCUUUAAAAAGCCUGCAGAAGAAGCACCACUUAAAGAGAAAGUUGUAGAAAAAGAAUCUAAUACGGAAAAGGCAGAAUCCCCAAAAGAGGAAAGUAAAACCUCCACAGAAGACGAGGUCCCAUCUCGACCUGAGCACGAACACCAGAGUACUGCACCAGAGGAACCUAAGGUUGGGUCGCUCACUGAAAUAACACUGGCUGCUGAAGAGAAACAAAAUGAGGGUAAAAUUGAGGUUAAAGCCCACACCGUUCAAACUGCUUCAGAGGAAGACACAAGUACCCUGCCAGCUGACACUGGUAAUGACAUUAAGGCUACAGAACAGGAAUCAGGGGACACUGUUAGUGAGUGGACAUGUCCUGACAAGGUCAAACCAGUGUUAACAACUGAGGCAAACCUUCUGUCAUGUCAAGAAAAGGUUAAGAACCAUGGAAGUCCAUUAAAAAAACUAUUCACUGGGACGAACUUGAAGAAACGUUCCAAGAAACUGAAAGGAAAGAGAGAGGCUGAGACAAAGUUAAGCACAUCUGGUGAACCUGCUGCUGAACAGCUUCAGUCUUCUACUGACUCAGCUGAGAGCCCUAGGAUUGACAGCUCCUUCUCUUCUCCUGAGGAAUCAACAGAAUAUGUCAAUGGUGAUCCCCUGCAAGCUGAAGCUGAAGCAGACAAAGUCAGCUCAGACGAGGAAAGGAAGAGGGAUGGGAUCCAGCCAUGGGCUUCCUUCAAAAAGCUCAUGACACCAAAGAAACAAGCAAAAAUGUCUUCAGAGAGUGAAGAUGAGGCUGCUGAAAAGCCCAAGACAGCGACUCUGUCCUCAGUGAACAAUUCUGUGUUCACCGAACAGCAGGAAGAGCAGAAACCCAGUGAAGAAAAAAAGGUGGAACUCAGCACAGAAGAACCCCCCAGAAAGAAGGAAUCAUCUAUGUCCUGGGAAGCCCUACUCUGUAGGGGGUCUGCUAAAAAGAGAGCCAGGAAAACAUCUGACUCUGAUGGGGAGAAGGUGGAGGAGGAUGAAGAUCCUGGGAGAACGGUUGGAUCUCCUAUUGGAAGUUCCCAAGAUGGGGAGCAUGAAUUGUUAAUGUCCUCUCCUGAACAAGCAGGGAGCCCCUCUGAAGGAGAUGGAGAGUCCACCUGGGCAUCUCUGAAAAGGCUUGUCACCCCACGAAGGAGGGCCAGAUCUGAGGAUAGAGCUGAAGAUUCUGCUGGUUUCUCUGCCGAACAGGUACCCUCAGACAGUGAGAUGCUCAAAGAAGAGAUGUCAUUUUCCCUUAAGAGGCUCAUCCCUGGCCGUAGAAAGAAAGGGCUGGAUGGAAAACAGGAGCAGGUUUUGUCUGAUGAGGGUGGCAAGGACUUUGGAUCAGCUGAGGAGGACUCAGACACACCUGCCGUGAUUCCUUUGUCAGAAUUUUACUUAACAGAGUUUGAGGAGGUGGGUUUCAUCCCUAAAGGGGAGGCAGCAGAGAAGCAAAUGGACACCAUUGAUCCUGAGGUAACAAAGCAAGAGUUGCCUAUUCCAGAGCCUACAGUCACAGUUCCUCAUGAAACCUUGCCCACUGAAGUCAAAGAAACACAGGACACACUCAUAGAUGGCAUGGAGGAACAAUCAGCUUCCUGGAUUCUAACCACAGCUGAGGUGGAGACUGAGGAUAAAACUGAGAGCAUAACUACACAUCAGCAGUUAAGUGAUAUACCAGAAGAAGGGGCAAUUGAGGAUACAGCUGUUACCCCAAAGUCUAUGGCUGAAGAGGUUUGUCAGGAUGACACAAUAGCUGAAGAUGUUAUUGAGUUGACGUCUGAGGCUGUGACAGCACCAGAGGAGGCAUCAGAAGAGUCAUUUGCAGAGGAAUCAACAGAAAUGGUUUCAGCAGUUUCCCGUCUGACAGAUUCUCCUGGAACAUCUGGAGAGACUACACCAGUGGCAGCACAGUAUGAGGUGAAAGAAACAAAAGCUGUUCUGCGAGAUGCUGUGGAAAAUAUCAACUUAUCUGUAGACAUCAUAACUGCAACAAAAGAGGUAGAAAAGGUUUUAGUGACACACGCAAUAUCAGAGACCACAGCUUUCUGUAUAGGCCUGGACUCACAGGAAAUCCAACCUGUUGAGGAAGCCCGAGUGAAAAUCUAUGUGGUGGGCGUCCCUGAAGUCAGUGAGGUGCUAUCUGCAGAAAUAGUGUCGAAAGCUAAGAGAGAUAAGAUUGAAGUUGUUGGAAUAACCCAGGAGGAAGUCUAUGAAGCUCAGGUUGAAGUGGUCAAGACUGAAUUCAAAGAAGAGGUGGCAGAAGCGAUUCCACAAGUCAUGGAGGUGGAGGUUGAGCAAAUUAAUUCAGUGAAAAAUGUGUCCACAUAUAAUGCACUUGAUAAAAUUUCUGAGGUUAUGCAAAUGGAAGAAGUAGAAUCAGUAAAUGAACUACAGGAACUCAGACCAGUUCAAAAAUAUGUAGUGAAUUUGGAGAAUGUCUCAGUUGAUGAUCUAAAUGAACAAGUGGUGAUAGAAGACAAACCAAAGUUUGAGCCUGAGGAGGAAGAGGAACCCCUCUGCAGUCCGUCUGCACAAGUCAUUAAAGCACCCAUCAUGAAAGGAGAAAAAGAGGAGGAACUAGACAGAGCUGAUAAGUCUGAAGGUAAUGUGAAAUAUUACCCAAUGCCAGGUGUGAUCCACUGCCUAAGAGAGGAAUUCAGUGCCUGCAUGUCUGAGCCUCCCACUGCUGAAAACGCAGGAGACCAGGAGACUCCAAUUAAUGCAGAGGCAGCGGCCAUCCACUUGGCUGUGGCUGAGGCGGCUAUCAGCAUUAUCAACCCAUCCACUGCAUCCACUGAAUCAGAAAUACAGGACAUUACAAAUGAAGUCACAAUAGAAAGAGUUUCUUCCAUAAAAUUUAUGGAUAGCCAUGAAAUCGAUGUCCUGUUGGAAGAUACGGAAUUUCACUCAGCAGAAUCCAUCAUUGAGGCAGAAAUCGAAGCUGCAUUAACUGAUACCAUUUUUGGGGAGGACAUUUAUGAGAGAGUGGAGGAAAAGCAGGAAGUGAUGAUUGCAGAGCAAGUGACCAAAUUGGCAACCACUGAAGAGCAGAGCUCAAUUACUGUUCAGGAGACACUUGAAAAUGUGUUGGAAAGCUUAAUAGAACCAGCAACAGAAUUGGAGGCUGCUGAAUCACAUGAGGAAGAGGGAAAAUGCACAUCAAUUCUGGAAAACUUAAUACCAGCAAGCAAAUUAAUAGAGGAACCACAGAUAGCAAAGGAGCCUGAAGCAGUGUCAUUGAUUGUUAAUAAAGCUGAAAAAAUACCAGAGGACAUAAAAUGUUUAACAAUGCUAUCAGAUGCCUCUAUUGAGGUAGAAGUGCAGUCACCUACAGGUCAGGAAGCAGAAGAUGUGCCCACACAGUCAGAAGUGGUAGAGGCAGAAUUAAGUGAUGUUCAUGUGUUAGAGGAAACGGAGAUAGCAGCAGUGACUGAGACAUAUGUGAGACCCAUUCUAGAGGAAAAUCCGAUUGAUGAAAGUAUUCCAAUGGAAGCAAUAGAAAGCCUUGAAAAAACUGCAGGGCAUCAUGAAGAGGAGCAGAGAAGCAAAAAUCAGGGAGUGGAUACAGAAACACCGGACAUGGAAGUUAAAUUUCUGGAGGAACAAAUGGAAGAAGAUGGUAAAGAAACUAUGGGAGCGGUAUCUCUGGAAGAGGGGAGACGAGAGAUGGGGAAAAAUGUAGAGAAUCAUCUACAGUCAAAAACACAGACAGAGGCAGUGGAACAUGACCAGAACCAGGUGGACAGUGAAGGAUGUUCACAAAGAGAGACACACAUAAUUAUAGAGCUGCAACAAGAUAACCCUCUGUGUCCCCAAUAUACGCAAGAUAUGGAUGUUUUUCUCAGCUAUGAAGAAGAAUAUGUGAUGGUCAAGCAGGAAGAUGUGAAAGAGGUAUCACUUAAUGCUCUUGCACCACAUGUUCCCAGCCAGAUGAAGGAUGUGGAAGACUUCCUGAGCCAGACUAGAGUCGCAGGAGAAACUUCACAUCCAGGGGAAAUGAAUAAAGAAUAUGCACAGCAGGACUCACCGUAUGAAUUACAGAGUGUGAACAGUGAAAUGUCAAAAUAUCUCACAGAAACUACUGACGCUACAACAGAACAAUGUAGCCAGAAGGACAAAUACGUCCAAAGUCAAGUUGUGAAAACAGUUAUCCAGAUGCAAAUGCCACUGACAGGAACACGUAAACAAGAGGUAGAAAUCACUGAAGACCAGAGUCGCAUUGUUGAGGAAACACAGUUUGAGAAUGCAGCCGACAGCAUGACUCAAGAUGCUGCAGAAUCAAAUGAGGAAGGUGGUGAGAUUUUUACCAGCUGUUUAAUUAGUCAGGAACUAGAGGGAGACAUUACCCAAAAGCCCAUGAAAGACUCUGAACAAACUACAGCGACAACAAACUUAGAGGCAGUGAGUGAAAUAGCAAAACCAGAGGAUGCACAGAGCCAAGAAGGGUCAUCAGAAGAAGUGAUAAGAAAAGCCUCUGAAGAUGGCACCAUUCAAGAGGUGCUCAUGAAAAAUGAAACAACGAAGAAGAGUCAAACCCAGGCUUCUGGUGAUGGGCAAGCAGGAGCUUUUCCUGCUGAGGUAAAAGAACAGGCAUCAGCUAUACAAAACAUCACAGACCACUUAAGGGGAGAUGCAGAGGCUAUGAACCUGAUAGCUCAGAUUGAAACAGUAGAGGCAACCGUGGAGGCAAUAGAAGAGCUGAUCAGCAAAAUGGAACCAAAUUCUACAGAGCUAACAGCAGCAUCUUGAACUGAUAUCUACAUGAUCUGUCUGGAAAAUUGAUUGACCGGAAGGGCUUGAGAGACUGAUUCCAGGAGUGGUGUCCCUAACUGAAGGCCAUCUCCGCCCUUCUCCUGGCACCACCUGCCAAUCCGACCCACCCCCCACCCAGGAUGUAUCUAGGAGCUCCCCUAACCACACCCUCAGCUGCUACACGUCUAACACUUCAAAAGCUUUCACCCAACUUGUAGUUGCUGAUGUAUGUCUGCUCUCUUUAUCAACCCCCCUGUUUUGGUGCCUGGGAGCCUUUUACUGUCCCUCAGAGUGAACCAUGCUGAUGGUUUCACACUGUAAAUGAUAUUUGUAUCUAUAUUAAGGCCAUGUUCAACCUCCCUUCAUUCCCUUUUUUGUAUUUACACUCAAAUACAGCCCUAAUGAAUAUAUGCAGAUAAUAAAAAAAAAAAAAAACAUUUAUUAAAAUUAUGCUUUUUAUGGCAGAUUAUGACAAAAUAGGUGAAUGAGAUUAUGGAAAUAUGUAUUCCGUAGGCAUGUCCUUCCACAGAAUUUAUUUAUGCUGUGACGCAUUAGGAAUAUUAAAUAUUGUGUGUCAGCUUUGUUGUGAUAUCCUGUUCAGCAUCUGCAGCUAACUCCACCUUUAAACAGAAGGUGAAUGGCUAAUCUAAUAUUAUUUCUUGACAAAUUCUAAACAAAUUGUUGUUUCUAAAGUUGUGAAACUUAAAUGAUUAAAUCUAGGUAUGCCUUGUUAUAAAAAUUAAUACUAUGCAAUCUCUUUUUGGUUGAAGACAUUGCCAAUAUUUACCCUGGCUACAUACGGAAAACUGCAAUUGGUCUGAAGGCAGUAUAUGUGAAGAGGUUGUUUGGGGGUUCAAGAUUUACAGAUGCACAUUUUUGUGGUGCGCUGUUGUGUUGUGCCCUCUGCUGGCCGUAUGUGGUAAACGAACUAUCUUCUAUUGUCCCCACAACACAGCAAUGGUUCAGGUCAUUAUACAGCAUGUAUGAGAUGCAUACUUGCAGCUAAUGAUCAUGGAAGAGUAUAAAGGGCGUGGCCAUAAGAAUAAACAGAUAAUUAAACUGUUGCUUGCUUCCCACAGAUCAGACUUGAGACUUGACCCGCUGAAAAGUAAAUGGCCUGAUAAGCCCAUUGUUAAUGUAGCAGCAAGCCAGUCUCUGUUUUUGUUGUCUAAGGUCAGAGAAUAUUCAGUUAUCCACAAUUGUCUUUUGACUUUUUUAUAACUUAAAUGUGAACUUGGUAACAUUUGUACAAACUGUAUACCUGUGUACCUGACAUAUUAUUGUAAUAUUAACAAAUUUAAUAUAAAAUAAAAAUAAUACUUAAA